AAUGCCCGUGACGUCACCGCUGUACCUGAGUUUCGGCGGAGGGUGAAACUCUCGAGCAGAGAUUCAGACACACAUGAAACUCAGUUCACACAGUUUCACACGGACACACGGAUAUUCUGCGAGUCUUUUACCUCACCUGUGCUCGAAACACACCGACAUUAAACACGUUAAUCAUAAGAAAACCGUUCGUUUUGGCGGCAAAGGCCUCAGGAUUGCUGUUUUUUCCUGCUUUGACGCAAGCGCUUCCUGAAACACUCAGUCGGUGUGAUGUCGUCUCAUCCGCGCCGUGUGCGUCUGAAGCCCUGGCUGGUCUCUCAGGUGGACAAUGCCACAUUUCCUGGGCUGACCUGGCUGGACAGAGACGCCAAACGCUUCCAGAUCCCCUGGAAACAUGCAACACGACACACACCGCAGCAGGAGGAGGAGAACACCAUCUUUAAGGCUUGGGCAGUGGAGACGGGUAAGUAUCAGGAAGGAGUGGAUGAACCGGAUCCAGCUAAAUGGAAAGCGCAGCUCAGAUGUGCUUUAAACAAGAGUCGUGAGUUCAACCUCAUCUACGACGGCACUAAAGAGGUUCCUAUGAACCCGCUGAAGAUCUAUGAUGUGUGUGACAUCCCACAGACACCCAGCAACCCCGGUUCAGUUCCCACAUAUGAGACGGAUGGAGACGAAGACGACAUCCCGGACACUCCUGAACCACCUCCUCCAUAUGCAUCACACGGCAUGAGUGCGUCUCCUCUGGCUGCGGUUUGGACUCCUCCAGGCUCUGUGUCUCCUCUUCAGCCGUCCAGCUGUGCUCCUCCUCCUGCUCUUCCUCCUCCUCCUGCUCUUCCUCCUCCUGCUGCUGCUCCUCCGGCCACCGCCGCUCCUCCUGCUAAUGUUUGGCCCAAGAAGGAGCCAGAGGACGUGGAGAUGCAGCCGCCGCCCAUGGAGAUACAGACGCCCACCGCUCUCGACAACAUGUUCAUCACGCCGGAGACCUGGAUCAGCUCUCUGCCCAUGACUGAUCUGGAGGUGCAGUUCUACUACCGUGGUAAAGAGGUGUGUCCCCCAGUGAUUGUCAGUAACCCACAGGGCUGUCGUCUGUUUUACGGGGACCUGGGCCCCAUAGUGAACCAGGAGGAGCUGUUCGGCCCCGUGAGCCUUGAGCAGGUGCGCUUCCCGCCCACAGAGCACAUCGCUAACGAUAAGCAGCGCAUGUUCACGAGCCGGCUGCUGGACGUGAUGGACCGCGGGCUCAUCCUGGAGGUCAGCGGACAUGACAUCUACGCCGUGCGCCUCUGCCAGUGUAAGGUGUACUGGUCCGGUCCCUGCGCCCCCAACCCAAACGCUCCCAACCUGAUCGAGCGCCAGCAAAAGGUCAAGCUCUUCUGCCUCGAGUCCUUCCUCAGCGGGGUGAUCACUCAUCAGCGUGGUCAGUCUUCUGAAACUCCUCUGUAUGAUAUUCACUUGUGUUUCGGAGAGGAGUGGCCCGACGGUCGACCCAGAGAGCGCAAACUCAUCAUGGUGCAGGUGGUUCCAGUUGUGGCUCGUAUGAUCAGCGAGAUGUUCUCCGGCGACUGCACGCGCUCCUUCGACAGCGGCAGUGUGCGUCUGCAGAUCUCCAUCCCGGAUAUUAAAGACAACAUCGUGACGCACCUGAAGCAGCUCUACCGGCUCCUGCAGACGCACCAGGGGCCCGAGAACUGGCCACUGCCACCGGGGGCCGCCCUGCAGCUCUCAUCUGCCCUGCACACGCAGUAACGCUCAACACACACACGCUUUUAUACACGCUUCUGGGUCUCUGUGUGUGUUUCUCUGCAUGCGUGCGUGCGUGCGUAUGUUUGUGUGUGUGUGUGUUUGUAUAUGCAAUUGUGUUUGUGUGUUUGAGUGUGUGUGUGUUGGUUUUGUCUGUAUGUUUCGUUUGUUUGUGUGUGGUUUUUGUGUGUGUAUGUAUGCUUGAGUGUGUGUAUGUGUUGGUUUUUGUCUGUUUAUGUGUGUGUGUGUGUGUGUGUUUGAGUGUGUGUGUUGGUUUUUGUUUGUGUAUGUUUGUUUGUGUGUGUUUUGUGUGUGUGUUUGUGUGUCGACUUGAGCGUUGGUUUGUGUCUUUGUAUGUGUAUGUAUGCUUGAGUGUGUGUGUAUGUGUUGGUUUUUGUCUUUUUGUGUGUGUGUGUGUGUGUUUGUGUGUGUGUGUUUUGUAUAUGCAAUUGUGUGUGUGUGUUUUGUUUGUGUGUUUGAGUGUUUGUUGGUUUUGUCUUUGUUUCGUUUGUUUGUGUGUUUUGUGUAAGUGUAUGUAUGCUUGAGUGUGUGUGUUGGUUUUUGUCUGUUUAUGUGUGUGUUUUGUGUGUGUGUGUUUUGUGUGUGUGUGUGUGUGUAUGUUUGAGUGUGUGUGUUGGUUUUUGUCUGUGUGUGUUUUGUGUGUAUGUUUGUUUGUGUGUGUGUCAGCUUGAGUGUUGGUUUGUGUGUGUGUGUGUGUUUGUAUGCUUGAGUGUGUGUCUAUGUGUUGGUUUUUGUCUGUUUAUGUGUGUGUUUUGUGUGUGUGUAUAUUUGUGUGUAUGUUUGUGUGUGUAUGUCGGCUUGAGCAUUGGUUUGUGUGUGCGUGUGUUUGUUUGUGUGUGUAUGAAUGUGUGAGUGUGUGUGUGUAUGUGUUGGUUUUUGUCUGUUUAUGUGUGUGUGUUUGUGUGUGUGUUUUGUGUGUAUGUUUGUUUUUGUGUGUGUGUCGGCUUGAGCAUUGGUUUGUUUGUGUGUGUAUGUAUGCUUGAGUGUGUGUGUAUGUGUUGAUUUUUGUCUGUUUGUGUGUGUGUUUGUGUGUAUGUUUGUGUGUGUGUGUGUCAGCUUAAGCGUUGGUUUGUGUGUUUGUGUGUGUAUGUAUGCUUGAGUGUGUAUGUGUGUUGGUUUUUGUCUGUUUAUGUGUGUGUUUUGUGUGUAUGUUUGUGUGUGUUUUGUGUGUAUGUUUGUUUUUUGUGUGUGUGUCGGCUUGAGUGUUGGUUUGUUUGUGUGUGUAUGUAUGCUUGAGUGUGUGUGUAUGUGUUGAUUUUUGUCUGUUUAUGUGUGUGUUUUGUGUGUGUGUCAGCUUGAGCGUUGGUUUGUGUGUUUGUGUGUGUAUGUAUGCUUGAGUGUGUAUGUGUGUUGGUUUUUGUCUGUUUAUGUGUGUGUUUUGUGUGUAAGUUUUUGUGUGUGUGUUUUGUGUGUAUGUUUGUUUGUGUGUGUGCUUGUCAGCUUGAGCGAUGGUUUGUGUGAGUAUGUAUGUUUGAGUGUGUGUGUGUGUGUUUGUUUGUGUUUUGUAAAUGCAUUGUGCGUGUUGUGUAGAUGUGUGUGUCUGAUUGUGUGUGCCUGGGUUCAUGUGAGUGUAGGUUUGUGUAUGCUUGCGUGUGUGUGUUUUGUGUAUGCAUUGGUGUGUAUGUGUGUGUGUGUGUGUUUUUAUUUUGUGUAUGCAUUCGUUUGUGUGUAAACAUGUCAGUUUGAGUUGUGUGUGUGUGUGUGUGUGUUACUUUUAUACACGCUUUAGUGUUUUUACUGCAGACGUAUGUUACGCCAUUAUUAUCAUGCGCCACUUCUGUUUAUUCUCCUGCUUCCGCUGUGAGGAUCACGCCGUUCGUUUGUGUUUGUCUUUAUUUUAUAGCGUGUUCCUGUGUUUGAUGUGUUAGACUGUAGAUUUGUCCUGUAUUGUAUGGAUUCAUCAAUUUAAAUCAUAAUAAAAAAAGAAAAACAAAAGGGAAGUGUGUGUUUGUUUUUGCGGAGCUUUAUUUUAUAAAGCGGGUUUUAAAUAAAGGUAGGGAACACGUUACAGAAGAAUAUACAGGGUGUCCGCGGGGUCUUAAUGUAUUAAAGGUUGAUUAAAUCAAUGAUCAGAAAAUAAAGGCCCUUAAAAGGUGGUUCCAGUAGGUCUUCAGCAGUAUUAGUGAUGAUUGGGAUGCAGAUCAACACAUGAUUCAUGGAAAAAAUCUACUUUCUGACACUUCCACAUGAUCAACUAGAAGUCCAGUUAUUUUUGUUGCUCUUAGCAAAGUCUUGUCUGGGAUCAAGACAAGACUUUAGUCAGGUAGUGUGUGUUUAUUUGAGUGUUGAUUUGUGUCUUGUGUUUCUAUUGCAGACAGUGUUGUGCCAUUAUUAUUUGUUUGAUGUAUAUAUUAUUUUCUUUAUUCUCCAUUUCCACCUGGGGAUACUUUUCCCGAGGCCCUCAGACUAUGCAGAGUCACUGAUUCGAUCCAAGACCAACGACGAGAUGAUCCCAAGGUUUCCAUAAUCCUGGACCAGGCCGUAUCCUGAGCAGCUACUGUGAUGGUCAUGGAGGAGUGGAGAACAUGAGACGCUCCAGAGACAGACGA